AGAAGCUCCACAAUCCAUAAGCCCAUGAACAUCAAAACACAAACAAUGGCCUCCUGCUCCUGCUCUACUCUUCCGUCUCUGUCUUGCCUGCAGGCGACCCUCACCACCGUCGCCAUCUUCCUCGUCUCACUUGUUUCUGAUUUUUCUUUAUCAACUUCUAGUACUCUCACAACUGGAAAUGGUUUCAGAAAAAUCUAUGCCUUUGGUGACUCGUAUACCGAUACUGGAAACACACACUCGUCUACUGGCCCAACCAAUUUCGAGUAUGUGUCCAGCCCUCCCUAUGGCACCACCUUCUUUCAUCAACCCACAAACCGCUACUCUGAUGGCCGUCUCGUCAUUGACUUCGUAGCGGAAGCAUUCUCUCUACCCUACUUACCACCCUACCUCAACCAGAACGUUGAUACAUCUCAUGGCGUCAAUUUCGCAGUUGCUGGGUCUACCGCGAUUGACCAUGAUUUCUUUGUUAUAAACAACCUCACUCUUGAUAGCACCCCUCAGUCUCUCCACACCCAGCUCACUUGGUUCAACAAGUUCUUGGAAGACAACGGAUGUGGAGGGACAACAACAUUGUCAUCAUCAGCUGAGUGCAGAAGAGCGUUGGACGAUGCUCUGUUUUGGGUGGGCGAGAUCGGAGUGAACGACUACGCUUACCUCGUUGGAUCCACAGUGUCACCAACAACGAUUCAAGAUCUAGCUAUCAACAGCAUUACUGGAUUUUUACAGGAAUUGCUGAAGAGGGGGGCAAAGUACGUGGUGGUUCAGGGUCUACCCAUGACGGGCUGCCUAUCAAUGGCCAUGGAAUUCUCUCUCCUUACCGACAGAGACGAUGUUGGGUGCGUGGGGAGUAUAAACAUGCUGAGCUCCAUGCACAACUCCGCCCUCCAAGACAAGCUGCAAGGUCUCAGGAGGCAGUACCCAGACGCCAUCAUCGCCUAUGCAGAUUAUUUCAGUGCCUACCAUGCGAUUAUCAAGAACCAUCACAAGUAUGGAUUCCAGGAGCCAUUCAAGACCUGCUGUGGUUCUGGCGGAGACCCCUACAACUUCGUUCCAUUUGCUACGUGUGGUUCACCAGCUGCAUCGACAGCUUGUUCAAACCCUGCCCAGUUCAUCAACUGGGACGGUGUCCACCUCACGGAAGCCAUGUACAAGGCCACUGCUGACUUAUUCCUCCAUCGUAGCUAUAGUCAUCCUCCAUUUAGUGUGUUGAUGAGUCGCAGAACUCAUGGCAAUUGACCUUAGUUUUAUCUUAGUUGGUACUUGGUAGUAUCAGCGUUCUUAGUUGCCUGUUCAUCACUAAAUCAUCUUCAUGAUUUUUUAUUUUUUAUUUUUGGGGUACAAAAAUCAUCUUCAUGAUCGUGUCACUUGUUCUCUGCAGCUUCAUGGUAGUUAGCUUCGUAGUUUGCCCAUUAACAGAAGGAACAUUAGAUAAUAACAUAUACAUACGUAUUUGAUGUCUUCUUCAGCCCA